AUGGACCUUGGGAGCAGAGGAAGAAUCCACUGUAACAUGAGACUCACCUGCUCUCUGCUAAUCAUGGCAGCAUUCUGCAUGACACCUUUCCUCUGCCAUAGUCAAACUGAUCCACUAGCUCUUGGGUGGGCAGAUCCCCAGUGUUGGGAAUCCUCCUCAGCUGUCUUACUGGAGAUGAGGAAGCCUCGCAUUUCUGACUCUGUCAGUGGCUUUUGGGACUUCAUGAUUUUUCUGAAAUCAUCAGAGAACCUGAAACAUGGGGCUUUGUUCUGGGACCUGGCUCAGCUCUUCUGGGAUAUCUAUGUGGACUGUGUGCUCUCCAGAACCCAUGGCCUAGGGAGAAGGCAGUUAGCAGAAGCUGAGCAGAAGACUGCUACUCUACAUUCUCAGUUCACAGGGAGAAACCAAGGGAUAUUUUCUCAUAUUCAGAGGUCGCCAAUUCUGAAGAAGAGAGACUCAUUUGAAGAUUUAAUAAGUAUCCACAUGCAUAAGAGUAGACCUACAUUACUUCGAAGAGUCAUUGGAGAGCUAGGAAAAAAGAGGAAAUCCCACUUUUAGUUCAAGAUCUUGAUUUCUAGAUUUUUUUUUAAUUACUUCUCUUUAUUUUUUGCAUUCUAAUCCUCACUGAUGUCAAUUUACAUGUAGAAAAAGGCCUGUAAGCAUGGGCACCAUAUCUCUGAUUAACU